AUGGGGCGGGGCCCGAAGGAACGCGCUCCAAUCCGCCGGGCCCUCUGUCUUCUGCCCGGGCUGGGCGGUGCUGCGGGAUGGGUCGGAGCGCGCUGGCCCAAUGGGCAGCCACCCGGGCGGCUAGUGCUGGCGGAGAGUCUGGGCCCGCUGCGCGAGAACCCGUUUAUGCGGCUGGAGUCCGAGCGCCGGCGAGGGGCGCAGCCGGAGCAGCAGCUGUUGGAGCUGUACCACCGCGUGCCAGGCGUGCGCACCAUCCGCGCCGACAACAUCCUCAUCAUCGAGUCCUCGCCCGGCUUCCCGCCCGCCGCCGGCAUCCGUGCUGCCGAAGUCGUGGUGUACGAGACGCCGCAGCCCGGCCGCGUCAGCCGCCUGCUGGAGAAGUUCGAUCAGCCGGCCGCGCCCCGCCGCCGCAGGAGUCCCGAGCGCUCCCGCUCCGCGCUGCCGGGGCUCCCGGUGGGUCCUGCAACCGCUGCUCCGCGCGCGCCCACCAGUCGGCCCGUGGCCUCCGCCCCGCCGGUGCCCCGGAGCCAGCCGGCACCCCUUGUUCCGCCUGCGCCCGCCUCUGUGCGGGCUGGCCAACGCUCCGCCUGCAGCGAGCCCGGGAGUUUCGGCGGCGGGGCAGGCCACGGGGCCCGGCGCAGUGACUUCCUCCAGAAGACUGGCAGCAACUCCUUCACUGUUCACCCCCGAGGCCUGCCUCGCUGUGCAGCCGAUCGCCAGCUUUCUAAUGGGUCGCCGAAUCCAGAGUCCCAGGCCGGCCCUGCCAACAUGCUCGAGGGCUCUCCACCUGCGCCAGGCAAGUGGAAGCCAAAGGUGGAGUCAGGGGAGCCCCCCCUCCACCCGCCUCCCAGCUCUGGGACCCCAAGUGCCACUCCAGCCGGGCACCCUGCCUUCCCGGUGCCCAGCCCUGCCAGUGCCACUCCCAGCCAGCGCCAGUGGGUCUCCUCUGCCACUAGCUCCAACGACUCCUUCGAAAUAAGGCCAGCCCCCAAGCCAGAUAUGGAGACUAUUCCAGUGGGGGAUCUUCAGGCCAGAGCUCUGGCCAACCUUCGUGUGAACUCCCGAAACUCCUUCAUGUUGAUCCCCAAGCGCAAAGCCUCUGGGAGCCAUCCUUCUGAGGAGAGGCAGUCAGAGGAGCUGCCAAAGGGAGAGGUGGGCUGGGCCUCUCAGAGCCAGGGACUCAGAUCCCAGCUGGUGUCUAGAGUGGAUGGUGCACCUGCCUUAGGGAGGAGUCCCUUGGCUGCUGAGGUGCAGCGGGCAGCUAGGGAGGGGGGCUGCCCCAGGCCAGCCACUGCCCUCACAGACAGGUCUAUCAGGUGGCAGAGGCCAUCCUCACCACCUCCAUCACUACCAGCCACUGUUGAAGCUGAGCCUGCCGAGGGUUUGUGGGUUCCUGGCUUGGCCAAGAAUGGCCAGGAGCCUGGGAGGCUAGGACUGCCGGUCACCUUCAUCGAUGAGGUGGACUCUGAGGACGAGGCCCACCAAGAAGCCAAACUGCCCUGCUCAGCAGUGAGUGUCCCUCCUCAGUACCACCUCUGCCUUGCCAGGCCUGGGCACAACUCAGAAGUCCAGCACCGAGGUAACAAUACUUUCAUAGUGGUGCCGAAGAGGAAGCCAGGGGCCCUUCGGGAAUCACCCGUCAGCCAGGCCAACGGGGAACCUCAGCAACAGGAGGCUGAGGAAGAGGAGGGUGUUUGCCUGGCAGGACCCCACACUGCCCUGGAGAACACCCUGAAGAAGCGCUAUCCCACUGUGCAUGAAAUCGAGGUGAUUGGUGGCUACCUGGCCCUACAGAAGUCCUGCCUAAUCAAGGCUGGUUCCUCAAGAAAGAAGAUGAAGAUCUCCUUCAAUGACAAGAGCCUACAUACAACAUUCGAGUAUCCUUCUGAGAGCUCCCUGGUACAGGAAGAUGCAGAGGAGGAGGAAGAGGAGGAAGAGGAAGGAGAAGAUGGUGAAGAGGAGGAAGGGGGGCCUGGCUCAGAGAAGCCCUUUGCCUUCUUCCUACCCCGGGCCACAUUUGUGAGCAGUGUGGGACCUGAGAGUCCCCGGCUACCAGAUGGCAGCUCAGGCCUAUCCAGCUACACCCCUAAGCAUUCUAUGGCCUUCAGCAAGUGGCAGGAGCAGGCACUGGUGCAGGCUCCAAGUGAGGCAGAACUUCCACUGAAGGAGGUCAUGCUCACACCUGCCGGUCAGAAUGAUCUCUCAGACUUCCAAAGUGAGCCAGCCCUCUAUUUCUGAGCCUUGGAGCUAACAGGAUGGCCAAGUCUUAGUCCUACACAUGAUGGUCCUGGGAGCCAGUCGAUGUCUAGGAGCCCUGUCUUCAUCCUGUGCCCCUUCACCUGGCUCUGCUUCCCUCCCUCCCUGUUGUUCUUUCCUGUCUUUAGGGCCAGGUCUGAGUCUCACUACUCUGUUUGGGGGCUCUGAGGAAGAACAGAAAUGGGGAAUUGCCUGUGGGACAGGCUGACGUCUGUCCACAGUAGCCCAUCUAUGACCAGAUAGGAGCUGGGUCACAUCCUGCCCUAGGGUGCUGCCUUUCCCGCCACCACAGCUGCUUCUCAGCUCCUACUUUGAGCCUCACUACUGCUGGGCAUGUCUGGGGUGAAUGGCUCUCCUGGCUGUUCGAAGAACUCCUAGUCCCUGCACUCAGCCUACAUUUCUAGCAUGAUAGAACUGAUAACUCUUUGUGAUAGAUGGCAGGUUUUUUUCCAUGCCUCUGAUGUUGGACUCAAUAAACAGCACUAAACAAGG